AUGUCCCCCGCCGGGUCCGGAUCGCUUGGCCUGGUCCUGCUCGCCCACACCAUCCGCUGCAUCGUCACGAUUUCGUACUUCUGCAUCGACCUGGCCAAAGCCAACCUCCGCCUUUUUUCCCUGUGGGCCAAGUCUUGUUUUCUCGCGGCUACUCUCAACUUCCACUCUUUCACCCAGUCCAUCGCCAUUAUUGUUGCCUCCUCAAAGCACGCCCUUGGAAGUAGCCGGGUAACUAUCACCGUCCUCAUUUGGGCGAUUCCCUACCUCAUUUUCCUCGAGUGCAUCCUGUAUCUUGCCGCACUCAUCAUUCUGCUGGAAAAAUGCGAGACCGUCUAUCUGCAUCUUCGUUCCUUCCGCUUCGGAACCGUAAUUCUCGGGGACCAAAGCACACCUCAAUGCGCCCGACUAUCUCGGGACCUGUUGGGCCUGUCCAGCGUAGCAGCGGACCGGAUCUUGAGCGUGCCGAAGCAAUCACCGUCGUUUCGAGCAUCAACGACACCGAAAAGCACUACUCAGACAUCUCCCAACCGACCUCAGACGCUGAUUCGGGGAGAGGCCAUUCGACUCUUGGCCCUAAUCGACAAGGUGGUACUCUCAAGACUUCCGAAGCAAGCAAAGGUUAUGGAACCCUCGAACCUACCAAACUUGACCAUCGAAAAUCACAAGGAGAAACCCGCCCACCUCUUCAGCGGCAAGGUAUCCCAUCCGGUCGUGGAAGCUACCAACCAUAUCUCACUUCUCAAAGACAAGCUGCUGUCAAAGAUCGUCGAGUAUUGGGGGAGAUUUCCCACGCCAACGCUGACAAUACGCGCAUUCCAUCUCCAGAUGAGGCCGCUCCUACGCAGUGCGAGAGAGUUCGUUCCCAAGAGAACCAGCUCAUAUCGCCUUCGGAAACAGCAGCCCAACUGUGCGUGGCAAGAUCUCAUGGAGUUAGACGACUGUCAGCCAGCUUCACCACAGGAGGACCGUUGUCCAGCAAUCCGACUGUCGCCAGUUUCCCCGUCAUGGCCAUCACAAAUACCACACACCUGCGAGGGCCGCCUCAUACAUCCGUGCCGUCCGAAAUUGAAAGGGAUGCGGGAGAGACAGUUGAAAGUUCCAUCGGAAGCAGCCCUGCACUCGGAGUCUCGCACUUUUACCGUUCUGUCAAAUCUCACCUCCUCUCUUUCUAGAACAUCUCUAUCCAGCUUCACGGGAAGUGAUCGCAAAGCCUCCCAUCAGACAGUGGCAUCUCGCAAGACCAGCAGUUCUUCGACUCUUACAACUACCAUUCCGACUAGAACUCCCACCCCCAUGACUCCUGAGGUCAACCCACUCAUCAUUACGACAGCGCAGCCAUCGGCUUACUGGUCGGGUCGUUUCAUGUCAUUACAGGAUCGUUUCCAAGGUGAAUCCCUUCAAGAGCAAACUCUAUCGAUCUUUGUCACAGCCCACGCAUCCAAGGCCAGUAUUCUUGCGCAACAACGUGCCGCCUAUCAAGGCCGUGGCAAUCUACCCCUGAGCACUACCACAGCCCUCGAUCGCUACGGCACUGCUGCUAUCCAAGAAGCCAAGCGACUCUCGGACGAAGAUAAUCGCAGUCUCCGCAUCUUCCUACACCUCCAGGCACUUUGCGGUACACCCGAGGCCAAGAGAAGCUUACAAGCAUGGCAAGAGGCGUAUGCCCGAAGAAUGGGACGCAGCGUACUCCUACCAGAAGGCGCAAACCCGGACAGGGGAUUCGUCGCACGGCUCUUUAGUGGAAGCGGAGGUGGAAGACGGAGCUUCGGCAGCUCCCAGUUGGAAGGAGAAACCGGCAAGGGUAAGCAAGGGAACGUCAUGCAAGCAAGCAUCAUGUGA